AUGGCAGCAGCCAAUGGGACGCCGACGGAUUGCCAUAGUACCAGCGACUUCUGCUUCGAGCCCAGCGGAGGACUUCUGGACUUGCUCCCCGAACAAUACGACAACUACGACUUUGCAAACUUGGACACCGACGCCAUCUACCAGAGCUUGGAUUGGAACUUGGAUACUUCUGUUGGUGUUCUUGACGGUGCUGUCUUGCCCGAUAUGAACGCUGCUGGUGUUGGUCAGGAUCUUGGCAUUGGAGAGGAUUUCCUCUCGCAAGAGCCACCUCUCAUCAACAUCACCAACACUCUCCAGCAACAACAACAACCAACAUCAUCACCACCUCUCGCUCCCCCAACGACAACCAGCAACAACAAAUCCCCCUCCAUCCCAGGAACAUCCACCUUUUCUCUACACCCCUCCCCAGCCGCUUCCUCAUCUUCCGGCUCUUCAUCCUCCCACAAGCGCAAGUCCUCACCCGAGGACGAAUCCGCUACCGUGGCCCUCAAGCGUCAGCGCAACACCCUCGCGGCUCGCAAAUACCGUCAAAAGCGCCUCGAUCGCAUCUCAGAGCUCGAGGCGGCCUUAGCCGCUAUGACAAGCGAGAGGGACGACAUGCGUCUACAACUAGCACGCCGCGAGGCCGAGAUAGAUACUUUACGGGAGAUGUUGAGCAAGAAGUAA